AUGUCUCAGUUCCUGUCCUUCAUAGGCUGGAGCUUUCUCCCCAACAUUGUAACAGGUUGGGUCCAGACCAUCUACUACGGCCUCACCAUCCGCGCCGGCGACCCGAAACCUGCCCCGGGCAGCGCGCGCUACGCCUCGCACCGUCGCGUCAUCCACAUCCUCGUCGUCACCGCAUACCUCCUCUACACCAUCUACGAAGCCGACUACGACAUCCGCCGCACCUCCCACUUCUAUGCGGACCUGGGUGUAGGCCCCGACGUGCCCGAGCGCGAGAUCAAGUCCCGCUUCCGCCGCGUCGCCGCGCAGCACCACCCGGACAAGUCCGGCGCCGUCGACGGGGCCGACUACUUCAUCCACCUCAAGCUCGCGAGCGAGACCCUGCAGGAUGCCGCCAAGCGCUUCGCCUACGAGCGCUUCGGCAUGGAAAUUAUGAACUGGUCCAAGUGCAAGUCCAUACGGGAUUACAUCACGCGAGGCGUCCUGCAAGGCAUCUUGCCUCACUACGGUGUCGCGGCCGCGACCAUCUACGUUGUCGGGCUCUUUGGCUACAUGGACUUUGGAAAGUUCUAUCGGUGGUUGAUCCUCAUUGCACUCUGCACGUUUGAGAUCGCCGCCGUGACACGUCCGCAUUUCCCGCCCGGGCUCGACGCGAUCAACAGCAUCCUGACAACCGUGUCAUCGCAUCCUCCUCUGCUGCCUUUCCAGGCCAUCAUCCUCGCGCGCAAGCUCACGAUCACGGUAUACGUUGCGCUUUCGCAAAUCGGUCCUCUACUGUCGCUGCACAUUAACGACGGCCGGCCGGACACGUCCGCCUUGGAUGAUGAGAAAGCACUGAAUCAGGGCCUGGACAGACUAGACGCCUUGGCUAAGAGCAUUGAUAAGGACACCUUGAGGCUGAUGGAGAUGGAGACGGCGCCUUUCCAGGGCAACGAUGAGGCGACGUCAAAUCUGAAGGGCAAGAUGCGAGAGUGGCUGGUCCAGAACACGAUCCGGGCCGAUCCCAUGGUGAGGGACGCGGUGGGCACGUCUUUCCGGCGCAGGAGAAUAGAUGCGCCAGCGGGUGCAAAGGGCAACCGCUGA